UUUGAUGUUCUGACCUCACAGCAGUGGGUCCAAUCAGUACCGGUUCUGAUCUGGAUCCGGUAUCAGAGUCCCAUUUGACCCAGUUCCAGCACCCAAUUGGGUUUACUGGAAAGAAAAACACAUGCCGCACUUUUAAGAUUGUAAACACUGAACUUCCUCUGCUUGGUGAUGGUCCAGAACCCGGUAGAACCCGCCUCAGCCAGAAGGGUUCAAUCGGGUUAGGUUAGAAGAAGAAGCAGACAUCGUCUCUGGUGUCAGAACCAGAACCUGGGUUGGGAAAGUAUUCACUUCCUGUUCUGCCAACCAGACGAACGGUGGCUUCAUCGUUGCUAUGGUGAUGGCACCUCCAGAAGCUGCUGUUGGGUCAGGGAUGAUUUACUGUGGUUCUUGUGGUCCUGGUCCUGGUUCCAGUCCAGCCUGAUUAGCAGUGUUCUGUGGUGUCAGUGUGUUUGUGUCGUAUCAUAUUUGUUCCCCUGAAACAGAGGUCAGAGUCCGGUUGGUUCCUGCGGGGAACCGGAGAACGGGCCAGGUAUCGACCCGGCUGCUGUGGGUUGACCCGAGGUUCUGUUUGCGCCGUGAGGUCGACGGCCCGCAGAGAGCAAACUGUUGCGUCAUUUCAUCGGAACAGAACCGGGUCGGGCAGCGGGUCGAGAUUAACCCCCGACGGGCCGGAGAGGCUAGUUAGCCCCAUUAGCUUCUGAUCCGUCUUCCCACAGCAUGGCACUGCCACCACCUUGCUUCACUGUAUAGAUGCAGUAUUCAGGUUGUUACUUUCCCCCACUAGGGGUGGAAAGUUCUGUUUGGACCGGAUCAGAACUUGCAGGUUCUGAAGCUGAUUCUGAUAGACUUCAAUCGAUUGCAGCUUGUUGCUCUGAUGCUGAUCUCUGUUUGCCUCCGCGUGACGAACGCAGCCGCCCCCCCAGCACCAGUAUACCCACCACUAUGCCCUCCCAGUAAUUGCUGCAGCCGGUCUGGUUCUGGUUACUGAUGGAGGGGAACGGGGGGCGUUCCCGCUCGGCCCCCGGCCUCGGCCAAUGGGAGCUCUGCGUCUGUGGAGGUUUUGCUGCUCAGCAUCUAUAAAAGCAGCUUUGAUCUGCUGGAUGAAAUCCUGAGCGGUUCCCCAGCAGCUGGACGUUAGUGGUUCUGGUUCUAGUGGUUCUGGUUCUAGUGGUUCUGGUUCCAGUGGUCCUGUUGGAUAAAAUCCUGAGCGGUUCUCCAGCAGCGUUCAGCAGGAUGGACACCAAGGCCUACGUGGUUCAGAUGAAGAGCAAGCCCCUGACCUUGAGCGGGAAGGUCGGCGGCCUGUUUCCGGCAAAGCCGCACAGCCGCAGGCAGCGCUGGGAGGUGAAGCCGUCAGAAAUGUCCCGCAACACGUUGAACCCGAUCCGGGCCAUUGUGGACGGGAUGAAGCUGAUCCCCAACCCGGCCAAGCCCAUGAUCUCUCUGUCCAUUGGUGACCCCACCGUGUUUGGGAACCUGCCGACGGACGCCGCCGUCCUCCAGGCCAUGAAGGAUGCCAUCGACUCUCAGAGAUUCAACGGCUACGCUCCAUCUGUGGGCUACCUGAGGAGCCGGCAGGCCGUGGCAAACUUCUACAGCCGACCUGAAGCUCCACUGGAGGCAGAGGACAUCAUCCUGACCAGCGGCUGCAGUCAGGCCAUUGAGCUGUCCAUCAGCGUCCUCUGUAACCCAGGAGACAACAUCCUGGUCCCUCGGCCCGGCUUCUCCUUGUAUAAGACGCUGGCCGUCUCCAUGGGCGUCGAGGUCAAACUCUACGAUCUUUUGCCUGAGAAGUCGUGGGAGAUCGACCUGCAACACCUGGAGAGCCUGGUGGACGAGAGGACUUCCUGUCUGAUCGUCACCAACCCGUCCAACCCUUGCGGCUCCGUGUUCAGCCAGGAGCACCUGCAGAACAUCCUGACAGUUGCCUCCAAGCUCUGUGUUCCCAUUCUGGCGGAUGAGAUCUACAGCGACAUGGUGAGUAGCAGCAGGUCAGUCAGGUCAGGUCGGGUCGGUCAUGUUAGUCGGGUCGGUCAUGUUAGUCGGGUCGGUCAUGUUAGUCGGGUCGGUCAGGUCAG